ACUUGUGAAAUUCUGUUCUUUUUGCCAAUUUCAAUGAUAAUGGUUUGGCAAUAAUUUAGCAGUUAAGUUUAUCAGCUUUUCUCGUUAACUAAUAAAAAUUAUGUAUUUCAUUGCUCUAGUGGUUAUUGCUGAAAGGAUGAGUGGCGCUGCUAUGUACGAGCUUGUUAGAGUUGGUCAUGGUGAACUUGUGGGAGAAAUUAUUCGGCUUGAAGGAGAUAUGGCUACAAUUCAAGUAUAUGAAGAAACAUCUGGAGUCACUGUUGGUGAUCCUGUAUUAAGGACUGGGAAGCCAUUGUCAGUAGAAUUAGGACCAGGUAUAAUGGGUAGCAUUUUUGACGGGAUCCAGCGGCCACUGAAGGAUAUUUGUGAAAUGACUCAAAGUAUUUACAUUCCUCGUGGUGUGAACACAGACAGUUUAAGCAAAGCUACACAGUGGGAUUUCAGCCCUAUGCAGCUUAAGGUUGGUAUGAUCAAGCAUAAAUAUUUCAUUUGCAUUUGAUUCAUGUUUUGAUUUU